UUACCUUCAUCUGACUGCAGUUAGCAUCAAACCACUGCAUUUUUCCCCAAUGUAGCUGACGUGUAUUACUAUAUUGUUAAAGUAUAGGCUACGUUAAUGACUGAUGGUUUAGUUCUGCUAAGUAGCUCUUUGUUUUUCACAAUUAGCUUCCAGUUAGCUUAGCAUUUGAAGUAUUUAGCAAGUGUUUAGCAGUAGCUAGCUGAGCUAGCUGCUUCGGAGGAGACACAACUUUGAACUGCAGAGUUUGUAAAAAUGGAAAAGAUUGCUCAAGAUGUUGGUGAUAUCCAGUCCAGACUGUUAGACCACAGACCAGUCAUCAAUGCAGAGAUCCGCUACUUUGUGAGAGAGUUUGAGGAGAAACGUGGACACAGGGAGAGCAGACUGCUGGAGAACCUCAACAAAAUUGUGCUGGAAACAAAUGAGCAAAUGCCGGACUCAAAUUUAGAAGACAUAAACCGGCAGCUGUCUGACGUCGCUAAACGGUUGGAGGCUGCAAAACACAUGGCAGAGAGAGUCCAGCAGAGGGAGCUAGAGGCACAGCAGAGCACCCAGCUGCAGGCGAACAUGGAGUGUUUGAAAGAUGAGUGGGCAGAGUUUCUGAAGGAGCAGCAGAGAUUAAAGGAGGAGGUGGAUGAGGAGCACGCCAAGGCUGUAGAACAACUCCGCACUCGCUACUCUGAAAUGAAGAAGGACUUGACCAAGUUUACACCCCUCUAAUCCGCUGAUGCUUGUGAGGCUGUGAGGGGAAAAAACACACACACUCUCUCUGAUGACAUGAACACUUGUGUUUGAAUGUCCGCUCUGCACGUGCAAAAUGAAGCUAUUGGCUUUGGUUGAUGUACUCGCUGGUUGGCAUAAAAAAGGUUUUGCUCCUGCACAAGACUUAACAUUUUCUAAAUCAUGAAUGCGAAAGUGUGAUUAACAAUGUGGCAUUUUCACAGGCCAUCAAACUCACAAGUUUCUGUCUUUAGCGCAUGGAAUUUUCACGGCACCUAAAAGGUCUGGAACAUGUCAUUUUUAAACAAGCAAUCAUUUGAUUGCUCCUUGGCUGUGAAGUUUUCAACAUUUCAGGAUUGUUAAUGGAUGCCUGCCUGAAGGGUGCUGAUGAUAAAUUUGCAUCGGCCUCAAGUUUAAAAGAACCUGGUGUUUGGCACCAAAGCGAGAUAUUCAAAGCACUUAAAGCGAGAUCAUUCAGUGUUAGAAAAGCUCUUCUGAGCAGGUGUGUUUAAAGCACAGGUCAAGUGUUGUAGAAACGAGCUGAAACAGAAGAGUUUCCAGAACAAAUCAUCCCUCACCAGCUCUCCAGUGUUUGGAACAUUUGACCUCUGACAUUAACUUCAAGUAAACCAACUGUCUGUGAACUAACUUUCAUUUUAAAAAGGCCUUUGCUGAAACCAAUUUGAAUGAUCAGAGACAGCUGUUUUGUGUUUGCUGUGCCACCUCAAAUCUGAUUUUAAUGAGUCACAAAUCCAAUAUUUUCGUUGCCGUUUAAACAGACGAAACAUAAAUCAGAUUUUGCUCCUCUGGUUUGAAUUUCCUUCUGGAUCCUUCUGGCUUUUGGUGGUUGUCGUGCUUUGUGCUUUGAGUGCUUAAAAUGCACAGAAUGACAAGCCGAAAACGUGUGUGACAAAAAAGAGUGUUGGUUUCUGCUGCUUGUGAGAUGAAUUGCACACUGAGGCAUAUGUUUCGGUGUAAAGUCCCAUUUUCAGCACAAUAAUGUAUAAAAGUUGUAACAUGAAAUAGAAAAGAAGUGAAAUCACGUGUGUGGGUCUUGACACUGAACCGGAGAACCUCUGAGGGUGAUGUUAGACUCCAGCACUUUGCAGUGUUUUGCUUUUGCUCCAGACAAUGGUAGGUUGUUGGACAGGUUAAUGGAUGGGUGGGCACACUGGGUACAUUCCUGGCAUGGCUUAGAACAAAGUUCAUCUCAGACAACGUAAUAGAACAAAUAUGUAAGAUACCUCCAGCACCCCUUAACGUCCCUACCACAUACUCCUUUAAAUUGCCCAGACACCCCAGCUGUCAGGCUUCACCUCAUCCAUCAGCUGAAGUAAAAUAAAUUUUCUGUAUGAAAAAUAAGAAUAAAAGAAAACAAGCCAGCUGUGGAGUCCGUCCACUGUGUGACAACACAGCUGAGGUGAACUCAGCUCUGUAUCCCCUUUCACAGAAGCUGCAGCUUUUUUCCAUUUUGGCUAGCAAUGACCUGCCCCCACUGCUCUCAUGCGAGACCAGUCUCUGGUUGCUCUGUGUCUGCGCAUAUUCUACAUGUGUGUGUGAGAGAGUCAGCGAUGGCUGGCGUCAGAGCAGGACACGGUGGUUGGCAUGCCAUCAGAGAUCAGAGAGGGCACAGACGUGCCUGCACACAUACGUCUGCAUGUGUGUGUGUUUGUGCGCACGCCUUCCCUCGGUGGCUGCAGCUGUCCAACAAGGAGACAGCCCAUCGUCAGCUAACGAGGAGCGACAAUACGGAAACGUGGCCCACCUCUGCCAGCAAGGCACCUUUUCAUCUGCCCUUGUUUAUUUUUUUGGUUUUCGUUGGAAAGAAAGAAAAACAGUCAGAGUACACGAAAGGUCACCGUCAAAGUCAUAUGAGUGUUAGCUAUUCAUGAGCAGAGGGACAUAAGCUUAUACUUAAUACAUGUUGGGCCAGAUAAGUAGAGGAUUUAUAUCUGUUAUAAUGAAGUUUGACAUUGCCGUGUUAUGUCAGAUUUAGAAAAAUUCAAGUCAGCAGAUUCCGAUAAUUUUGUGAACUGAUUUGUAAGUCAGCCCAGAUUUUACAGGAAGUAAGAAUUCCCAUAAAGCAAAGGGAGCACAAAGAAGUGGUCUUCCAGGAUUUAACACUGGACUGCAGAGGUGCACAUGCAGAUCAAGGGACGUAACGUUGUUUGUUGCCUAGGCUGCUCUUUGCUGGUUCAAAUCCACAAAACCAUAAAAUACCUACCUAAUGACCAGGCUGAGGCAGUGUGGGAAAGCCCCCAGGUCAGAGCAACCUCCCGCCAUCCGCAAUUUCACUGCAAGACCAAUGCUGUCAAUAGCAACAUGCUCUUUGCCAAACUAAAUUGACAUUAAGCUGUCUGGGAUUUAGAUCAUUGUCUGUUUGCGGCAGCGGGCUUGCAACAACAACAGGUUUCGACAUUCAUGGGAAUUUUCGUUGUAAGUGAGAGUGCAGGCUGAAAAGUAAGAAAAGCCAGAGAUCCCAGCAUCUGGUCAAGUAAUUGUUGAGUGACUGGUAUUGAUCAACAACUUUCACAGUGCCUUGUUAAGUGGUAUGAAACAGGAAAAGUCAAACUAACAUUAAGGGCUGAAGCUAUCAUACGUUUCAGGAUAGGAUUUUGUCACUCUGGAUAGAUAUAUCCGUCAAACAGGAAACUGUGGAGCAUCCCGUGUACGUGGCUGCUGGCGCUGAACCGUUCCCUCUACACAGACCAGUAAGACGACUCCACGCACAGAAAAGGGUUGGUCACCGGCUGAAAUCUCCUGUUAUCAUCGUCCUCAGCCUGCUGCCUCAUGCCUCUGGACCCUGGUUGGUUUGCUUUUUGUCUCCAGCGUGCAUCAGAGAGCAGUGUGUUCUUCCUGUUUUGCAGGGAGAGCAGUGCUCUCGGGCCAAGGAGCUGCCGUUCCCCGUGCCAACAUAAAUGGUAAAGGAAACAGGAGCACCCUGCUGGAGCCCCGCUGGGCAGUGGACAAAGAUAAGGGGUGUGUUGGUUCAUGCAAUCUGAUGCUCUGUCAGAAAAAGAGCUUUCCACAUCCACUGGAAAUAUAUCACAAGGAUGAAAUGUGCAAAUCACACGAAGACAUUAGCUAAAAAAGAACAAAAAAUCUGAUUUGAGUAAUUCAUGCUGGAUUGAGAGUCCGUGGUGAACUGUUGAAGUUUAGCAUUAAUGACAGCGCCUAUGCACAACAAUACUCAGCACUAGCUUUCAGCAUGCCUGAACCCUCCAAACAUCUGCCAGAACUCAAUAUGUCUUCUCUCCAUGUCCACGAUCCUCACAUGGUGCCAUCAUCAGCUACACAACCUUUUCCAACCUCACCAUCCAAAUGAUAGAAUUCUAAAUAACUCUGUCGUAUCACUAUAUCAAAUCAGCUGCCAGUCAUUAUAAUAUAAGACUAGUUUGCUGCAGGUCGCCUUUAUCACAAAUGGAGACCAAAAGCAGAGAGCUGAAGAACAUUUAAGAGCAGGCUUAAAACUUUCCUUUUUGAUAAAGCUUACAGGCUUGCCUUGGACCAGCCCCUAGCUAUGCUGCCAUAGGAUU